AUGAGCUGCUGUGGCUGUUCCGGAGGCUGUGGCUCCAGCUGUGGGGGCUGUGGCUCCUGUGGCUCCUGCUGCUGCAAGCCUUGCUGCUGUGAGUGCAGCUGCUGUAAGCCCUGCUGCUGUGAGUGCAGCUGCUGUAAGCCCUGCUGCUGUGAGUGCAGCUGCUGCAAGCCCUGCUGCUGCCAGUCCAGCUGCUGCAAGCCCUGCUGCUGUCAAUCCAGCUGCUGCAAGCCCUGCUGCUGCCAGUCCAGCUGCUGCAAGCCCUGCUGCUGUCAAUCCAGCUGCUGCAAGCCCUGCUGCUGCCAGUCCAGCUGCUGCAAGCCCUGCUGCUGUCAAUCCAGCUGCUGCAAGCCCUGCUGCUGCCAGUCCAGCUGCUGCAAGCCCUGCUGCUGCCAGUCCAGCUGCUGCAAGCCCUGCUGCUGUCAAUCCAGCUGCUGCAAGCCCUGCUGCUGUCAAUCCAGCUGCUGCAAGCCCUGCUGCUGCCAGUCCAGCUGCUGCAAGCCCUGCUGCUGUCAAUCCAGCUGCUGUAAGCCCUGCUGCUGCCAGUCCAGCUGCUGUAAACCCUGCUGCUGUCAAUCCAGCUGCUGUAAGCCCUGCUGCUGCCAGUCCAGCUGCUGCAAGCCCUGCUGCUGUGAGUCCAGCUGCUGCAAGCCCUGCUGCUGUCAGUCCAGCUGCUGCAAGCCCUGCUGCUGUCAGUCCAGCUGCUGCAAGCCCUGCUGCUGUCAAUCCAGCUGCUGUGCCCCUGUGUGCUGCCAGUGCAAGAUCUGA